AUGGCGACAGCCAACCGUGGCGUAAGCCCUCAGCCGGGUUCAGCAGAAGCCUUCGACAAGAUGCCCGUGGAGGAGAAAGUCAACGAGACAGCUGUGGCUCUGACCGAGGGACCCCCACCACAACCUCCACCGCCCAUGGAUGGCGGCACUCGUGCUUGGCUACAGGUGGUAGGCUCUUUCCUGGUCUUCGGCAACCUCUGGGGUCUGCCAUUCGCCUUUGGGGCCUUCCAAAACUACUACGAGCUCACCUAUCUUACCAGCGAGACAUCCUCCAAUAUCUCCUGGGUUGGCACUGUCUGUAUGUUCCUCCUCAUCUUGACUGGCGUCAUCUCAGGGCCGCUCUUCGACCUCGGAUACUUCCGCACGAUGCUUCUUUCAGGCGCUGCCCUCGAGACAUUCGGCCUCUUCAUGCUCUCGCUUUGUAAUAAGUACUGGCAGAUCUUCCUCACCCAAGGUGUCGUGCUCGGCCUCGCCAACGGGCUCCUCUAUCUGCCAGGCCUCGCCCUCGUGGGGCGCUCAUUCAAAAGAAACCGCGCUGUGGCCAUGGGCAUCGUCACGUGCGGCGCCCCGGUUGGAGGGGUCAUCUAUACGAUGGUAUUCGAGCAGCUGAUCGAGGAGCUCGGCUUCGCCUGGACAGUGCGCGUCAUGGCCUUCAUCAUGCUGGCCUCGUACGCCAUCUCCUUCCCGCUGCUGCUCUGGGGCGCCCGCAACGUCGGCGACAUUGGCAGCGGGCAAGCGCGCAAGCUGUUCGACAAGACGGCCUUCCGUGACGGGCCUUUCUGGAGCUACAGCCUGAGCAAUUUCUUCCUCUUCAUGGGCUACAUGAUUCCCUUUUUCUUCAUCCCCACCUUCGCGCAGCUGGAGCUCGGCAUGAGCCGCAGCUGGGCCCUAUACACGGUCACGUUCGCGCAGGCGUCGAGCAUCUUGGGCAGAUUGAUCGCCAGCUACGCCGCCAGCAAGGUGGGGGUCAUGAUCCCGUGGAUCACGUGCGGCAUGACGAGCGCCAUCUUCAACCUCUCCUGGGCGGGCGUGCACACCGAGGGCUCCUUCAUCGCCUUCGCGGUCCUGUACGGCGCCUUCUCCGGCGCACUGAUCCCGCUGCCGCCCAGCAUCUUUCCCGUCGUGUGUCCCGAUCCGAAGGUGUUGGGCGCGCGCUUGGGCAUGGCGCAGGGGCUGGGCAGUUUAGCCAGCUUGAUCGGAAGCCCAAUUGCGGGCGCUCUGUCACAAGUGGGUGUGAGUGGGCCGAAUGAGAGGAAUUAUCUGGGCUUGCAACUUUGGGCGGGUUUGGUCAUGACGCUGGGAGCGCUGAACCUGAUGGGCUUGUGGUUCCAGUUGGUGAGAAGCAAGAGGACGACCACCAAGUUGGUUUGA